AUGGGUGUAUUGCUGGCGACGUGCCUGUAUCUGCAUCGCCAAUUUUCAUACAGUUUUUCCCGCCUGGCUCUUGCGUGGUCUUUCGAUCCCCUGGGAACAGGAACUUCUGCGUUCCGGAGUUGCACACGCAAUCGUCCCAAGUCAGAUGACGAGUGCGUCUCUGCCACCAUCGUCUCGACAUCUCUGGAAGCUGACAUUGCCGCGGCGAGAACUGUCCAAAAAGCUGGAGAGUUCGACUCCCAUCAUGCCACAACCUUGGAGGAUGAGAAGCGCGAACUCUCAGCUACAGCCCCGCCCUGGUCCUGGUGUAUCGAGGAAGAGUGUCCUUGUAUCGUUUCCCAUCCCGACCGGAAAAGGAAGGACCCUGUUCCCAUCUCUAGUCGACUAGAACGACUGGCGAACGUUAUGCGGUCAUGGAUCAUGGGCAUCCGUGCGUACUUCCCCCUUGGGCUCCCCAUCACCCAUGCGGACCUUGCCCCGUGGUAUGCUAUGCCGAAAGAAGCGCCAGCGCGAUGCGGCGACGACGAGAAUGAAGGUGCCCAGCUAGUGCACACCGUCCUGAAGAGAAUAGCCAAGGAACAUCAGGCGAGGUAA